UGUUUUGUUGAAAUUUAGCAACAUUCACAUAACGACGUGAAUGAACUAUUCGUGUAUUUCAUUUAGUUUUCUUAAACAUCAGUUUUUUUCGGUGACAUUUAAAGCAGUUACUUUUUUAGGCUAAAUGAAACUUCUGGCGUGUUAGUCUGUGAAAGUUUCUUCUGGAUUAACACCUGAACUUCUGUUGUAACUUGAAGUAAUGCCUCUCAGCGCAGACUCGUAGAUGCCAACCAUGAGUCUGCAAACGCUGUCACUGCGAGCUCUGCUGUUCCUGGGGCUUUGGCACACCGGGAGGAGAAGUCUAGCCUCGGCUCCAGAGCUCCAACAUCAGCCCAAGAAGAUAGCUGUGGUUGGAGCGGGCAUUGGUGGAACAGCCGCAGCGUAUUUCCUGAGACAGGAGUUUGGAGCUGGGGUCAAGAUCGAUGUUUUUGAACCCGGCACUGUUGGUGGGAGACUAGCGACAGUCAAGAUCGGCGAUUAUGAGUAUGAAACAGGAGGCGCAGUGAUCCAUCCUCUCAACCUGCACAUGAAGCACUUCAUUGAAAGAUUAGGUAUUCCUCCAAGAAAAGACAUCCCCUCUAAGAUGGCCAUCUUCGAUGGAAAGGAGCUUGUGUUUGAAGAGAGCAAUUGGUUCAUAAUUAACAUGUUACGUCUGCUUUGGCGAUACGGCUUCAAUUUUCUUCGUAUGCAGAUGUGGGUGGAGAGUGUUUUGGACAAAUUUAUGAGAAUCUAUCAGUAUCAGCAGUAUGGUUAUGCAUUCUCCAGUGUGGAGAGGCUUUUGCAUGCCAUGGGAGGUGAUAACUUCCUUACCCUCAUGAAUCAGACUCUAGAAGAAGCCAUGAUGGGAGAAGGAUUUUCACAGGUCUUCAUCAACGAUGUUGUUGCACCCAUCACUCGUGUCAAUUAUGGCCAAAGUGUCCGCAUCAAUGGGUUUGUGGGGGCAACAUCACUAGCAGGAGCAGAUUCAGGUCUGUGGGCUGUGGAUGGUGGAAAUAAGAAAGUGUGUGCAGGACUCCUUUACAAUAGCAAAAGUGAGUUAAUUCCUGCCAGAGUAACGUCAGUCUCAGUCAAGGUUCGACCAUCAAAGACAGGCAACACUGCCAGCUUCUAUGAGGUUAAUUAUCUCGGUGAAUCAGGCUCAGGACAUGCUCUAUAUGACAUUGUGGUCAUAGCGACGCCACUUCAUCAAGGGAAAUCUGAAAUCACAUUCCCAGGUUUCUCUCCCCCCAUCCCAUCUCACUACCCAGGUCGCUACCACCAGACAGUCACCACUUUGAUCCAUGGCAAGCUGAACGUGUCCUACCUGGGAACUACCGAGCCGGCCUCAGAGUUCAGCGUGUCUGAGGUUCUCACCACAGACUCAAAGGGGUGUGUCAUCAACAGCUUGAGCGCCCUCAACCCCGUACACAUCCCUGAUGGAUACAAACAGCGCUCCGCCAGUCACACCAAAGUCUGGAAGGUCUUCUCGCCAAAGCCUCUGACUCAGGAACAGCUGGAGACCAUGUUUCUCUCCUACGAUACAGUGUCAGAGACUCCGUGGCUCGCCUACCCUGCUUACCGUCCGCCGCACCGUAAAACACCACCUUUCAUCCUCCACAAUCGGCUGUACUACCUGAAUGCUAUCGAGUGGGCAGCAAGUGCCAUGGAGAUGAGUGCAAUAUCUGCUAGGAACGUGGCCCUGCUGGCGCACCAUCGCUGGCACCAACAGGCCGGGAAGAUUGACCAGGAAGACCUGCACAUGCGACUGAGAGGAGAACUCUAAGAAGCGAGAACUGGACAGUCUUAAAAUCAAACAUGAUUUUAAAGAAAGAAGAAACGACAACAAUCAACCAUGCCUCUAAUAUUUGUCAGGUAGAUAAAAAACGAUUUUCCUCACCAAAGUACAACUUUUCUUUUUGAGAAUGUGCUGUUUUCUGAGAUCACAACAGUUAGCUUGAAGAAAAUAGAUGAUCAAUCUCAAACUUGAUAAAAACUGCAGCACCAGCAACAUUAGAACCAAACUGAACUUUGCUGAAUUUUACCACUGUGAAUCCAGCUGCACUGAAGGGUCGACACGCGUCUCCCUCUUCAAUUGUGUGUGUGUGUGUGUGUGAGUUUAUUGUUUUACACCUGUUAUGAAUAGUACUACAUAGGUUGUCAUUUUUUCUGCCUGAGUUUUUACCUGGUGUCCACUGAUCCUGAGAUGUCCCUUUGCUGAUUGGUUUAUGUCCUCUGAUAACUUUCCACUCUCUCUACCUCUGCAAAGACUACUGUAUUUGAUGUUAGUAGGUGGCAACGAGGGAGUGGGACCAUUGUAAUUGAAAACUGAUCUUAAUAAAACGUCUGUUUUUAUACUAAUCUUUAGUUCAACUCUUAACAGGAUAGAGUAAUCCAAUAUAACAGCUUUGAAAUAUAUUGGUGCCUUAAAGAUGUCAAGCUGGCUUAUAUGUUCCUAAAAUUGUUUAGAAAUUAUUUUCUUAAGAAAUUAGCCAUAGUACUAACUUGCAUUGAGCUGAACACGUUUCGGGACACGCAGGACGAUUUGCUCCUUUUGGGAUAAAAAUGGUGUGAGUGUGCAUGUCUUUUUUUUUUUUUUUUUCUUCUAGAUUUUUAAAAGAAGGGGCCAGCAGAUUAAGUGUGCACUUUAACUAAGUUUCAGUUUUAUAAAAUGAAAUACAUGUGAUUUUGACCAUUACUGAAACCUCCCUGACUACACUGUAAAUUUUAAGUUUACAAUCACAAUAAAGUGAUAAAAUGCC